AUGCAAUUCUUCACCAUCGCCGCUCUCUUCGCCAGCGCUUUCGCCGCUCCGGUUGCUGAGAUCGAGGCUCGCCAGGACGCCCAAAUAUGCCCCAGUGGUCUAUACUCCACCCUCGUCUGCGCCAACGUUGACGUCCUCGGCGUUCUGUGCCUCGACGCCGUCACCCCCUCCCAGACUCCUCAGGAUUCCAACAACUUCAAGCAGAUCUGCAGCAAGACUGGCAGACAGGCCCGCUGCGCCGUCCUUCCCGUUGCUGGCCAGGCUGUUCUUUGCCAGCCUCCCGUUGGGAUCACCGCCUAA